AUGUCAAGUAACGAGCCUAAAGAGCCGGUUGAGGUGUCCGCCAAAAACUCCGCGGAAAGGCAGGUCUCACAUCAAAAAUACCCUGCAACUGAUUUGAGACACAAGGGCGGAUUGCUAUCUGUGGAGACUGAGACUGUUGACACCGCUGGUAUUCACAUAUUGCCACUGACUCACCAGCAAGGCAUGGUGAAUUCGGAAAAUCUCUCACUCGCAAAUUUGCCGAGCGGUACCAGCACCCAGGCUCAUUCUACGCCGUUGCUGUCACCCGCUCUUGACACAACAUCAUCUAUGAGCUCCGCGAAUAACAGCACUACACACGGAGCUAUGAACGGUCCUGCUGCCGAUCUUCAUAACACACUGAGAUCGAAGAGAUCCAUUAUUGAGCCUUCUCUUUUCAACGGGAAUGAAGAUAUUGAUGGCCAUUCUACAGGUGAUAGAGCAGCUUCUGGCCCAAAGAUCGCUUCCAAUCCCAAUUCAGUCAGACUACAGAAGAAGAGCGCGGCCACAGGAAUGGGACCCGUGAGGACACAGACAUCUACUUCUACCAACAGCAAUCACCCGAUCAAAUCUGCCACGCGAGUAGAUUUCUUUGCGGCCAGGGUUCACGAUGCCAUCAAGAAUGAUAAGGGAGAAAGCUCGGAUAGCGAUGAGACCUUUGUAUACGAUAAUGCUCCGCAGCAGGGAACAGCGGCUGACGUAUCGGCCCAGAUGCCGGCGAGAGAUCUCAAACAACCGUCUAUUGCAGGGUCGACGGGUGUUUCUGGGGUUGCCACGGUGGGGUCUUCAAAUGUGACAGGUACGAACUCGGGCGUUGCCAGUAAGACUGGCUCUGUGGUUGGCUUGGCGAGUGUUACGGCAACUCAGCGGAGCCAACAACUGCUAGGUAAGAAGGACAUGGUGGAUUCGCAGAGUAUCUACAGUGUAAGUGAUUCCUUUGUGCCGAGUGGUAACACGGCGUAUGGGUCCACUACCAGUAAUGAGAUGCCAAAUAGUGGAUCGAAGCACUCACAGCAGAAGACCUUCAAAAACUUGAGGGAUUUUGCCGAUAGCCCGAUGGGCUCCGAUGAUGACCAGGUGGACGAGUUGAACGACGGCAAAGAGGCCAUCUCUCCGUUUACGAAGGGUAACCAAGGUUCCAUCAGAAGCAACAGGCGGUUUUCAAAGGGGAACGUUGCGGAUAAGAUUUCACUGAGUCCGAAUAGCCCUGCAAAUCGGGUCGGAGAGGGCAACGAGUCCUCUAAGGCUCCACAGCUUCGCGCAAUCACCUCAAAGUUGUUUGAUUCCAAAGGAACACUGCCAAGGAGGUAUUCGGGCGUUGAUUUCAACGCUUUCAACGACGAAGACUUGGACGAAGAUGAUUUUGAUUUUGUGGCUGAUCCCGAUGAGGAAUCCGAGCUUGAGUUUGGCAGCUAUGGAAAGGGAGGGUAUGCCGAUCUCCGGAGGAAUCUGAGCAGCAUGAGUUAUCCAAAUAAUGGUUAUGGAAGCCUGGAUAGCGAUGGAAAUGGCACUAAACUCGAUAAACCAAGAAGAAUGAUCAGGCGGAAGAAAGCCAAUACUGGCAUGUACUAUUCUCCACACAACUUCACAGGUUCUCGAAGUGCAAGAUGGAGACAGGUCAAGAACUUUUGCUAUACUCUGGGUCUAAUCAUGCUGCUUCUCUCAGUUGGAUUUGUAUCCGGCUUUCUACUGGCUACUACUAAAGACCUCCAGGAUGUUAAAAUCACAGAGAUUCAGGAUAUUAUUAUCUCCCAAGAGGAGCUUGUUUUCAACGUGGGCGUACAGGCUUUCAAUCCAGGGUUCUGGAGCAUAGUGGUAAGCGAGGCGGAAAUCGAUGUUUUUGCACAGACAGCCUUUUCUAAAGUGAAGGCUAAAGACUGUCCAAAGGAAACCGAUCCAAACAAGCCAUUGGUGCCAAUUCCAAAGGUUGACGAGGCUGACAACGGCGCUUUGGAGACAGUGUUGCUAGGAACAGUCAGAUCGUUCGAGAUGCCUUUGGUGUUCCAGGGAGGAUUCUUCACUAGACAGAAGUCGCAGAGCAUGACCGAGAUCAAGCUGCUGGAUCCAUGUUCAAAGGAUGAAGACAAAAAUGGAGAAGAUCAAAAUGACGGGAAGCCACCAGUCGAGGCGAAUGAAAAGGUGCUUACAGGAUUGAAUGAUGGCAGAGAAAACGCGGAUGGCCGUUCGAGAGACAUGCAGGGUACAUAUUACGAGACCUUUGGCUCCGAAAGUUGCGAUAUCAACGAUAUCCCCGGCCGCAAGAAAUGGUCGCACAUCUCGAAACACCCAUUCGACUUGAUUAUCAGAGGAGUUCUCACCUACAGACUCCCUCUUUCCGGAAGCAACAGCACCAUAGGGGUCAACAAGGUUGUCAGCAUUGACCCAGAUAAGCCCAUAGACCCAAUCAAGACCUGGGAAGAAUGGCACUGA